AGACAUUGAGACAGCAGCAAGCAGAUAAGACCUCAAAACACGGAACUAAUAUUCUUCCAUUCAAAAUUCCAGUGCAAGUCCAAGCAAAAUUCAUAUACCUUUUGGUACUGAUCGUCAGCGUAGCCAGAAGUAAUCCGGAAGAAAUCAUCAGAAUGCCCGAGAAGAGAGUUGCACCCGUGAUCAGCCGCCUGGAGGAGUUCGAGCAGAAGCUGCCUGGCUACCUGAAUAGCCACAACAAGUUGGCAAUUCUUUUGGAUUACGAUGGCACUUUGGCGCCCAUUGCGGAUAAUCCCAGCAAGACACAGAUGCCCGUGGAACUGGAGAAGACACUCCACAAAUUGGCCAAGCAUCCGCAAGUCUUUCUGGCUGUCAUCUCGGGUCGUGGCCUGAAGGAUGUCCAGGCUCACGUCAGCAUCAAUGGCACCACUUAUGCGGGCAAUCAUGGCCUGGAGAUCGAGUAUCCCGAUGGCUCGAGGCACGACUACGAGCUGCCCGCCGAAAUCAAAAAGAACUACACGGACAUGGUCAGGGAGCUCAAGGAGCAGGUGGAGAAGAAUGGCGCCUGGGUGGAGGAUAAGCGCGUGUCGCUCACCUAUCACUACCGCGACACACCUGUGGAGCUGAAGGACGCGCAGAAGCAGCUGGCCACGGAGAUCUGUCUGCGCCAUGGGUUCCGGGCAAAUCAGGCCCAUGAGGCCAUUGAGGCUAAACCUCCAGUCAAUUGGAACAAGGGCGAGGCUGCCCUCUACAUUCUGAAGCAGAAGUUUGGUGACAACUGGCACAAGGAUGUGAGAGUUGUUUUUGCCGGCGAUGAUACCACCGAUGAAGAUGCCAUGAGGGUUCUCCAGGGCUUGGGUCGCUCAUUCCGCAUUGCCACCGAUGAACAGAUCCAGACCUUUGCAGACUUUCGAUUGCCCAAACAGGCUCUCAUGACUGAUCUUCUCAAGUGGAUAGCCCAAGUUUAUGUGUCCUAGAAUUUAUGGCUUAAUUAGUGAUAUAAUAAGUGAGAUUUUAAUGUAUGCUCGAGGCAGAUUAAAC